GGCGAAACAAAGACGACAUUGGGGCCGGAAGUGGUGUCGGUUCAGGUGGCCAGCUACUCACCUAGCCUUAACAAUAGCUUGUGAAUAUUCGUUAUUAACUAUCUCUGUAGCUCUCACAUAUAGUAGAAACGUUCACGGUAAUAUUACUACAUAAAUCUUACAAAGUCGUUACUUGUCCGUUAGCGGCUCUGUGCAAAGUUAGCGUGGUUAAAUAUGAUAAUGUCAGCGUUAGCCUUUAGCUAGGAACGUAUUCGUCGGAUAGUAACGCUCGUUACUGAAUGAGCGAAUGUGAAUGAAUGAACAGUAUUUACGCUUGACAGGCUGCGAGAAGCGUUAAUUAACAACAUAUUAAGCCAUGGCUACUGGUGCUGAUGUUAGGGACAUUCUGGAAUUGACCGGAGGGGAUAAUGACGGUCCCAUCAGCAAGAAAGACCUCAUCAACUCAGAUAAGAAGAAAACCAAGAAGACGACAGAAACGCUGACUUUCAAGAGACCAGAGGGGAUGCACCGAGAGGUCUAUGCUCUGCUCUAUUCAGAUAAGAAAGAUGCACCACCUCUACUGCCCAGUGAUACUACUCAGGGUUACAGGACAGUGAAAGCCAAGCUGGGUUGCAAAAAGGUGCGUCCCUGGAAGUGGAUGCCCUUCACUAAUCCCGCUCGCAGGGAUGGGGCCAUAUUCCACCACUGGAGGCGUGUGGCAGAGGAGGGCAAGGACUACCCUUUUGCCCGCUUCAACAAGACGGUGCAGGUACCAGUGUACUCAGAGCAGGAGUAUCAGAUGCAUCUCCAUGACGAUGGCUGGACUAAAGCGGAGACAGACCAUCUGUUUGACCUGUGCAAGCGCUUUGACCUGCGCUUCAUAGUUGUCCACGACCGUUACGACCACCAGCAAUACAGAAAACGUUCUGUGGAGGACCUGAAAGAACGGUAUUACAGUAUUUGUGGUAAGCUGACAAAAGUCCGUGCGGCUUCAGGGACGGAGCCCAAGAUCUAUAUUUUUGAUGCUGGCCAUGAAAGGCGUCGCAAAGAGCAACUGGAGAAGCUUUUCAAUCGCACACCUGAACAAGUGGCAGAAGAGGAAUAUCUUAUUCAGGAGCUAAGGAAAAUUGAGACUAGGAAGAAAGAGCGCGAGAAGAAGGCCCAGGAUCUGCAGAAACUCAUUAAAGCAGCUGACACAACCACAGAGUUAAGGCGAGCCGAAAAGAGGGUUUCCAAGAAGAAGCUACCACAAAAAAGGGAAACAGAAAAACCGGCUGUUCCAGAGACAGCAGGCAUCAAGUUCCCUGACUUCAAAUCAGCGGGAGUCACACUGCGCAGUCAGAGGAUGAAACUGCCAAGCUCGGUAGGCCAAAAGAAGAUCAAGGCCAUUGAGCAGAUCCUCAUAGAGCAAGGAGUGGAUCUUAACCCGAUGCCCACAGAAGAGAUUGUACAGAUGUUCAAUGAGCUGCGUAGUGAUCUGGUGCUGCUGUAUGAGCUGAAGCAGGCCCACAGCAAUUGUGAAUAUGAACAACAGAUGCUCCGUCACCGCUACGAGGCUCUACUGAAGGCUGGCAGUGCAGGUGGAUGUGGAACUACAGGGGCAGGACUAGUUGCCGCACCGCAGGGUGGGGAACUCAAUGCCACCAACAGCAGUUCAGCAUCCACCACAGGGGGCGAAGUUCAGUGCUGGCCCAGUGUAGAUGACAUCAAGGUGGAAGCCAAGGAGCAGAUCAUCGAUGUUGUAGGGGCACCGCUUACCCCCAACUCACGCAAGCGGAGAGAAUCGGCAUCCAGCUCAUCUUCGGUGAAAAAGGUGAAGAAGCCUUGAUGAGGAUGAGAGCACCAGCUGGUAUACUGUGGAUAUGCACAGGUUCUAUGGUUGGACAAAAUAAAGACAGUGGAGCAGAAAAAUCAUAUGUCCAUUCACGUAAAAGCACCGCUGCCUACACACAUACACAACUUUUCAUCUUCUAACCAGACCCCUCCAACCCCCUCCCCAUCCGGCUCACCCAGCAUCUUUGUGACAAAGGCAACAACUGAGUGACAUUUCAUUCCAUUACUGCUCGUUUCCCUGCCUCCACCAUUGCUCGGCUUCAGAUGAGGCAAGAUCAACUGUAAAUUGCCAGGCUGAGCUAAUCGGGACAUUGGGAAGAAGGUGGGAAUGACUGCGUAAUUGAAAUGAAUUGGAAUGAAAGAAGAGACUCUGUGAGUGGGAGGACCUCCAGCUGCAAUGCUCAUUUGACCCAUCUGAAGGUUUUUUGUAGCCUAAUCAUGCCAUACUGUUUACUGGAAAUGUGUUUUUGUUUUAGCCUGUAGUAUCAGCUCCCUCUUGACCCAGGAAAGAGAUACUGCUUCCAUCUGCUGCGUGUGUUUUAUGUUGGACUCGUGGGGCUGAUUUGUGUUGUUUGUCCUCAGGUGACCUUGAAGAUGCUUUAGUCAGUGAUUCAAUAAACCUCAUUGUAUUUUU